AUGCCCGCCUCGCCUCUUCCCUAUCCGUCUGUGCCGCGCGCGGCCCUGGUCGCCGCGCGUUUUCUGCGCCCGCCAGGCCGCUUCAAGCGCGCAGAGCUCCGCGAGCACCCGCGGAGCAAAACUGGAGCCUUCGCGAACCUCGUCAAGACGGCAGUUCGCCUGCGAGAGAAGGCUCGGGCGUUCUCCCUUGUCCCGCCUCCGAGGCUGAUUCCCGUUCCUCUGCCUCCGCGGAAGAAGCACCUCGAGUCCGUCCGCGGCGUGCCGACAGUGUCAUCCGAAGUCCUGGCGCGGCGCCUCCACUUUCUCUUGGGGCCCGCAGCCAUUGAGCAGCAGAAGGCUGCGAAAAUGCAGAGAGGCCUCACGCCCUACCAGACGGAGCUCUUCAUGUGGGAACGCCAGAUGCGAGAGAUUCGCAAGAUUUACCGGGCGCAGUAUCUUCAGAGACUCGCUGAGGUCACUGAAGAAGAGCGCCAGAAGCAGCUCCAGCUGUAUCUCCAGGAGAAACGAGAACGCCGAAUGCGGCGAGAGGAGCAGCUGCAGCGGAUGUACGACGACAAGAAGAGGAAGGCCGUCUUAAAGGACCGCAUUCGCAUCGAGAAGAAAGUCACCCAGUCCCUCCAGACGGCCCGCGUGUCGCGGCGAAAGAUCGCCCACAUCCUCUGGCUCAAGAAACUUCAGGACUCUUCUGAUUUCAUGCAAGAACAAGAGGAGGCUGCGAAGGGCAUCGCGGCAGUGGCGCAGGCUCGCGCAUGCGAGACUGGCGAAGACGAGGAAGAGAUUCUCGCAACAGAGAUGGCGAAGCUGAAGGAAAAUGCCUUCGAAAACAUGCCCUCGCGCAACAUCUCGGUCCCCGAUCUCCUCGCUCAACUCGGUUUCAAUGACGAGAAAGUCAAGUCAAUCAAGAAGAAAAUUACUGGCACAGACAACGUAUUCCGACACAUCAUGGAGGACUCGUUCGCGGUGCUUCCCGAGGACGGCCCCGAGUACGAGGAGGAGGGGGGCGGUGCGGCAAAGAGUCAGAGCGCGCGGCUUCUCACCGAGCGCCAGCGGGCUGUGCUGACUUAUGCAGGAUUUACAGAGGCGGAGAAGCUGCGUUUGCUGGACGAGAAAAUCGCGAUGCUGAAUAAAAAACUCGACGAAGACUACGAGCUCAGAGGCGCGCCGCAGAACCUGAUGUACUUGCAGCUGCGCGACCACCUGCAGGCGGCGAAAAUCGCUUUCCAUGAGAAGCUGUACGUACGAGAGACGCAGAAGCGCCUUCACGAGCAGCAAGAGAAAAGAGAGUCUUCCGCCUCAGGUAAGCCAGUUGGCCCUGCCGCUGAGGACGUCAAUGCAUGUCAGGCAGAUGGAUGA